UGUAAGCGAUCUGUCAUGAAGAAGCGAAUCCCAGACUCGGCUCUUUCCUCUUAAUUUCCUCUUGAUUACGGGAUGGCUGACCUGUUUAAGAGUGCCUUCGGGUAUUUAGGGUCCAAUGGCACCACUUCCGACAACGACUUCGUGGGUCAGGAGGUCGAAAUCAACGGCAUUAAGCUCAGAAUAAAGAAACAAAUAGCCGAAGGUGGUUUUGCAUUUGUGUAUGUUGCACAAGAUCUCAGCAAUGGCAAAACCUAUGCCUUGAAGCGACUGCUUGGUGCAGAUCAGGUUGCCUGUGAUGCAAUUCGGCAAGAAAUAACAAUAUCAAAACAACUUUCGGGGCAUCCGCACAUUGUAGAUUUUAUUGCUGCUGCAGCCAUUGAUAAAACUCAGAGUAAAGAAAAUCGUAAUGAGUUCCUUUUGCUCAGUGAACUAUGUACAGGAGGAUCUCUUGUGGAUGCUCUUCGCCUCUUGAAUGGCAAACAGCUGUCGGUGCCACAGGUUGCCACUAUCAUGUACCAGACCACCAGAGCAGUCCAGCACAUGCAAGCGCAAAAUCCACCCAUAACUCACCGCGAUCUAAAAGUAGAAAACCUACUCAUAAGUGAAUCUGGUCAUAUCAAAUUAUGUGACUUUGGAUCUGCGAUGACAAAAAUGUAUGAAGUUGACCUUGGCUGGAGUGCAAACCAACGAGGGUUACUAGAAGAAGAGAUGGCGCAGCACACAACGCCAAUGUACCGUGCCCCAGAGAUGCUAGACACAUGGAGUAAUUACCCUAUCAAUGGGCAAGCAGAUGUGUGGGCCCUGGGAUGUAUCUUGUACUAUCUUUGUUACCUCAAGCAUCCCUUUGAGGAUUCUGCUAAGUUAAGAAUUAUAAAUGGAAAUUAUGCAAUUCCCACUAAUGAUGCCAAGUAUGAGUGUUUCCAUGAGCUCAUUAGAGGUACCCUGAAAGUUGACCCUAGUGAGAGAUUUAAGGUCUCCGAUAUCUUGGAGAGACUGGCAGCUAUUGGAGAAACCAAAGGAUUUAGUAUGAAAGCUCCCAUCCAGAUUGAGUGCAAGAAGAUUGAUUUAACAACCCCAGUCCAUCAACCUGAGAGUAAUGGGAGACUUGGUGAGAGACGCUCUGGUGCACCAGACCGGCCUCCUGCUAGACCCCCAGCCCCACGAUCUCCUGUUCCUCAAAGACCCCCUCAGCCUCAGAGGCCUCCUCCUCCAGGGUCUCAUCCUCAACAUGGAAUGGUAGGCCAGUCUCAGCAGCAGUCGUCUGCAGGUGGAGGUGGCUUGUUUUCAUCAAUUAAGGGCUAUUCAGGAAGUAUAUUUAAAAACAUCAAGGAUACCUCAAGCAAAGUCAUGCAGACAGUGAGCCAAUCUAUUACGAGAACAGACUUGGAUUUGUCACAUAUAACAUCUCGUGUCAUAGCAAUGUCAUAUCCAGCUGAAGGUCUGGAAUCAGCCUACAGAAACCAUGUUGAAGAUGUUAAAGCUGUUUUAGAUGGGCGUCACAUGGGCCACUAUGUGAUCUAUAAUGUUUCCGGGCGACAGUACCACUCAACCAAGUUCAGUGCAAGAGUUGUGGAGGGCAACUGGUCAGGCAAGAAGUCGUCAACUCUAGGGGCGCUCUACAACCUCGCUUGUAGUAUUUAUGAUUAUUUAAUUAAGGAUCCCAAAAAUAUUGUUGCUGUACACUGCAUGGAUGGGAAAGCUUCAACUGCAAUGCUAGUCUGUUCCUUCCUCUUAGUUUGUCAUGCAUUUAAGAGACCAGAACAAGCACUGAACAUGUUUGCCAUCAAGAGAAGUCCUCCAGGUCUGCAGCCCUCUCAAUUCAGGUACCUUGAAUAUAUCCGAGAUCUGGUUGCUUCUCCGGCUGUUGUUCCCCAUUUCAAGCCUGUGACCAUAGAUGGAGUGAGGCCAUAUGUAGAAGUAUGGCAAGGUGAACACAGGAUGCUCUCAACACUUCAAGAGUAUGACAAUAUGAAGUUAUACAUGCCUCAAGAUAAUAAGAUUAUUAUUCCAAUCAACAUCCAUCUCGUGGGUGACGUGUGUAUCUAUGUGUACCAUGCCCGAAGAAUGAUGGGGAAGGUGAUGGGUGUCAAGGUGGCCCAGCUGCAGUUCCAUACUGGUUUCAUUCCUGAGGAAGAUACCUCCAUUAGAUACAGUCUGCGUGAGCUGGAUGAUGUCUGUGAACCUGACCGAUACCCUGAGCGGUUUACUGUGACUGUAAACAUUUUUGUAUCGGAUGUAGACCGCGCACCACCUCAGCCACCACCCUGGGUGGCACGACCUGCUACCUCCUUUAAGCCAAAUGUAGCUUAUUCCACUGCUAUUGAGAUGGAAGAAACACGGGAUAAAUUUGCAGCAAGUGCACAUGGUUCCCCAGCAACGCAUAGACGGGACUCCUUGCCGAAGCCGGGGAUGAUCGCUUCGGGGGCUAACAAGUCUGACUUCAUGGCUUCACUUAAUUGGGAUAAGGCUCAAGGAGGCACUCAGGUAAGAGAUCAGGAUUUGGGAAAAGCUGUGACCCCCCAGCCCCCUCAGAAUGUCCCUGAAGUACCUGAGCCUAAAUCCUUGUCCAAAGAAGCCAACCUCUUGGACUGGAGUGGAGCUCCAGAGGCAGAUGUGAGUCAAGCUGCCAAAAGCAUGAACCUCUUGGACAUUGCUGACACAUCAGGCAUGAAGAAAGAUCCGAGCAACUUUGACCUUCUGAGUGGCUUUGGAGGGAGUGGGAAUGAGUCCAAUGCUAGUCAUGUACCCGUAAACUCAACCAAGCCUGAUAAUGCUCAAGACAACUUGUUUGAUCCUUUUGGGACGUCUGGCAGUGGAACGGCAGAUCAGGACCUCUUCGGUCAGUUCUCAGGUCCUACCCAGCCGCAGCAGCCCGCUAACCCCUUUGGGCAGUUCGGAGGAUCGGGAAUGGGAGGCAUGGGAGCUAACCCUAUGGCUUCGGCUACUAGUCCUAUCAUGAGCAGUGGAAGUCCCAUGAUGGGGCCCAGGAUGAUGGGGGGAGCAACCAGCCCAGUGAAUCCGAUGGCUGGGGGUUUUGCCCGUCCCCCUGCCCCACCCCAACAGCAGCCUAGCAAGCCAAGCGAUCCUUUUGCUGAUCUUGGUAAUCUUGCUGGAAUGGGUGGAUGGGGAGGUUCCAAGCCUACGACACCCAUGGGAGGAACACCAAUGGGUGGCACACCUCUGGGUGGAAGCACACCUGUGAUGGGCUCACCACAGCAUCGACCUCAGAUGGCUGGUGGUUGGCAAGGUCAGACACCAGGUAUGAUGGGGUCACAAAUGGGUGGUUGGCAGCAGGGCCCCCGACCACAGCAGACCCAACAGAUGCCCCAGCAGAUGCCCCAACAACCAGCUGCUGCCAAGACCCCAGCUGGAACUCCUCACCACCAGAUGAAGUCACCCUCACAGCCAAACUAUGGGAGAGCUAAUUUUGAUGGUGCAUCUAAGAAUGCAGGAGCAUCAAAGGGAAAAGUUGGAGCAGACACCUUUGAAGAUUUGCUUGGUUCUCAAGGGUUCACUUUCAGCAGUGGCAAAGAUUCAGGCCCUAAAACCAUGGCUCAGAUGAAGAAGGUUGAACUUGCCAAGACCAUGGAUCCAGAGAAACUUAAGGUUAUGGAGUGGACAGAAGGGAAGAAGAAGAAUAUUCGGGCACUUCUCUGCUCCCUGCAUUCUAUUCUUUGGGAAGGUUCUAAGUGGAAUGAAUGUGGCAUGCACCAGCUAGUGCAACAGAAUGAUGUCAAGAAGAUGUAUCGCAAAGCCUGUCUAGCAGUGCAUCCAGACAAGCUUACCGGUAGUGAGCACGAAUCUCUUGCAAAACUCAUCUUUAUGGAACUAAACGAUGCUUAUUCAGAAUUUGAAAAUGAUCCCAAUCAGCAGCAGAUCUUCAAGUAGAGGAAAUCUUAAAUAAUAUAUGAAAAUAUUAUAACCAGGAAAGAUGCCUUUUUUCUUUUCUUUUAAAGAUUGUGGAAUGAUACUAAAUCACCAAGAAGUUGAGGUGUGACAAAUCCAAAUAGUUGCACUAUAAAUGUGAUAUUAGAUGCCUCUUUCCUUUUUUCCAUUUGCAACUUUGUUAUUAUUAUAUAUAUUUUAGUAAUCCUUAAUUUUUGGUUUGAAGAUACUCUGAGGGUUCAUAGAAAUAAACAAAAAAUAAAAUAAGGAAACCACAAA